UCUUAAUUUUGUUUUACGUUUUGUAUUUGUUCAUUAUCUUCACUUGACUGUGCAUCAAGUGUAUUUAUUGCUGAAUGAACAAUAAUUUGGUUAAAUAAAUUGAAAAGGUUCUAAUACCAAGUGCUUCUUUUUUUUUCUUUUGUCAUUUUCCCAUUGAAAUGUAUAUGCAAAUGUCAUCAAAUAGCUUAGUAUGGUGCCAAUGGGGUUUUAUAUACGUUCACCAUCUACUCAAUCCACAGGGGCUAAACCCGUUUGGGUCUUAUGGUAUCACAGAGUUCGGACCCUAACGGGCUUAGCCCUUGUGACUCAAGACAUUUCAACACACAAACAGGUCCACAUGCAUAAAAUUUCAGGGUUUUUAUUUUGAUACAAUAUGUAGCCAAGCGACAAGACUGUACCAGUUUCCUUAUUUUAUUAUAAACCAAAAGGCAAACAGUGAUUUAAAAAGAACAUAUAUAACAAUAAAAAUCAUAGUAGCAAAAAUUCCUAUGGUAACCAAUGACUAGCUAAAGUGUAAAUUUAUGUGUAUUAGCUUUCCUAAAUCGUACUAGAGCCUCCGACUUUUUACUGAUGUAUAUUGAUUUUUACUGAUGUAUAUUGUGCGUUAAAUGGGUAAGUUGUAUGUAACAUUAUUUUCCUUAUCGGCGGAUCUAGAAGAGGUGGUUACAGGGGUUAUAUAUCCCUUUUUUAAUUUUUUUACCAUGAAUUAAAAACACAACUAUCUGCACUUUCAUCACGGUCUCAGCAUAUCCCCCCCCCCUCCUGCAUUAGGACAUCAUAAACAAGGUUUUCGUUCGGCUUCUAAAAAGGAAUAUCAUGCAAUAAACGGGAGUGCUAAAAUUUAUGCCGCUUUUCAAUCAUCAUAUCUUUGUUAGUCAAUAGCUUUAAAAAAUCUUUACUGUGAACAGAAUCUGUCUAGAUGUUUUGUAUGGAAUGUAAACUUUUUUGUUUUUUUUGAAAAGCGCAAUUUUUCGAUGAAGUUCAAAACAUGUAUGACACAAAGUUGUAAUCGCUGCAAAUUUCCAUUCCAUUCCAAAAAUGUGAAAACUAUAACCCGUGGUUUGCGAGAGUCGUUUUUUCAUCAGGAAUAAUUUUGAUCGGGAUCGACAUUCUGAAAAUAGUGGCGAGGAUAUUCGGAUGAGAUGUUGACAAUCUUGCAGGUUGUUCUGAAUGUUCAUAAACACCAAAACAGGUACAUUUACUGCUUAAAUCCAUGUUGCAAUAUUUUAUCCAUUCACUGAAUCAUACACCAACUUCAGAUUAUGUCGUCUUAUGUUGCAGAAAUCCAAUCAACCCACUGAAAGAGACAGAUCAGUUUCAUACAUAUGUUUCGAUACCAGGGAACGCAACUGUAACACAAUAUUGCAGGAGAUCCAUGUCUUGCUGAAGAAAAUUUGGAUGGCAACAUUGGAUUUGCUUAAAUAGGAAUGAAAAUAGCCCUCUUCAGAUGGCUGUCUAUUAAUGUACAACACCAGUGGACAAAGCUCUCCUAGCUCAGAAGAGUGCAUCAACUCCAUCAGAAGUAAAACAUCAAGUUUUAGGUUGGAUAUGUCUUCUUAACAUUCAAAACUAGCGCAAAUAGAAAAUAUUAUGGAUGUAAUGAAUCUCUAGAUUCUACCUGUGUAAUAGAAAAUUUACAAAAGUGUACAAUAAUGCAUGGAAGUGAUAAACUUGGUGAUCAGAACAAAGAUUUACAGAAAAAUAUGCCCGAACGUACCGGUGAGAAACUUAAUCAAUGUGAUGUCUGCGGGAAAACUUUUAAACGGACAGGGGAAUUAGAAAUACACAUGAGGACACACAAUGGUGACAAACCUUAUGGAUGUGAUGUCUGUGGGAAGACAUUCAGUCAGACAGGAUCUUUACAGAGACACAUUAGGGCACAUACUGGUAAUAGACCUUUUAAAUGCGAUGUCUGUGGGAAGACAUUCAGUCAGGCAGGAGGAUUGCAUAUACACAUGAGGACUCACACUGGUGAUAGGCCUUAUAAAUGUGAAGUCUGUGGAAAGGCAUUUGUUGAGAAAGGAACCUUACAGAAACACAUUAGGACACAUACUGGUGAUAAACCUUAUAAAUGUGAUGUUUGUGGGAAUUCUUUCAAACAGGCAGGGGCAUUACAUACACACAUGAGGACACACACUAAACGUUAUGAUAACAAAUGCAGUAUUUGUGAAAAGGCAUUUAGUCAGACAGGAUCAUUACGGAGACACAUGAGAACACAUACUGGUGAUAAACCUUAUGAAUGUGAUGAUUGUGGAAAGGCAUUCAGUUGGGCAGGGGAGUUAAAGAUACACGUGAGAACACAUACUGGUGAGAAACCUUAUAAAUGUGAUGUCUGUGGGAAGACAUUCAGUCAGGCAGGAACUUUACAGAUACAUACGAGGACGCAUAAUGGUGAGAAACCUUAUGAAUGCGAUUUCUGUGGGAAGGCAUUUAGUCAGACAGGAACAUUACAGACACACAUAAGGACACAUACUGGUGAUAAACCUUACAAAUGUGAUGUCUGUUGGAAGGCAUUCAAUCAUGCAGGAGACUUGCAGAAACACACAAGAACACAUACAAGUGAUAAACCUUAUAAAUGUGAUGUUUGCGGUAAUGCAUACAGUAGGACAGGGUAUUUACAGAUACACAAAAGGACCCAUACUGGCGAGAAACCUUAUAAGUGUGAUGUCUGUGGGAAGGCAUUUUAUGAGAAAGGAACCUUACAGAAACACUUGAGGAUACAUACUGGUGACAAACCUUAUAAAUGUGAUGUCUGUGGGAAGGCGUUCAUUCAGACGGGACACGUAAAGUCACACAUGAGGACACAUACUGACGAUAAAGCUUAUAAAUUUGAUUUUCUCCAAUAAAAUGGGUUAUGAGAGAUA